GCGCAAUAAAUGAAGUUGGUGGACAGAAAAAUUACUGCCACGAGUAAAUAUAAAAUGCAGAAAGGUUUAUGGAGUACUGAUCACUGGACUUUAUACAACUGGCUGCUGUUGCCUGCAGCCACAAAACAACAAUGUUGAAUUUGCCAAUGAAAAAAGGCAGCGCAAAGAAACGAAGGUGAAAAAAGUGAAAGUCAGGAGGUCGGGCCAAGGGACCCGAGUUCCCUGCUUGCCAUAAUCCAAUCAACACAAUGAGAAAGCAUGGAUGGCAGCUUCCUUAUCAUCCACUCCAGAGAUGUACUCUUGCAGGUUGUAGCUGUAGCUGUAUUUCUGGCAUUGGGCUUUGCUUUCUAUGUUUUCUUUGCGCCAUUUGUGGGAAAGCAAUUGUUUCAGUAUAUUGUGAUGGGGAUAUACACUCCACUUCUAAUUUGUGCAUUUGGUCUCUACGUUUGGUGUGCUGGUGCUGACCCUGCUGAUCCUGGAGUGUUUAGAUCGAAAAAAUAUCUUAAUAUUCCUGAUAACAACAAACCAACCGAGCCAAACAAUGGUGGAGAGUCCGUUUGUGAUGCCAAGGCUAAGGCCGUUAGUGAGGAAGCUAACAAUAAAAGAAAAUUGGAUAUGAAGAAUGGAGCUCAUUGUGAUAAAGAAACUGAACGUGAGGGCACUUACUUCCGGGGCAUUUUGGCUUUAUUGCCAUGUGCUUAUGUUUGCAGCUCACACGAGGAAUCUUCUUGUCAACAGAGCGAAGAUGGGAUGUUCUACUGUAGUUUGUGUGAAGUAGAGGUUUACAAGUACAGUAAGCAUUGCAGAAUCUGUGACAAGUGUGUCGACCGUUUUGAUCAUCAUUGCAGGUGGCUGAACAAUUGCAUUGGCAGAAGGAACUAUCGGAAGUUUUUUACUCUCAUGGUGUCAGCUCUUCUCCUGAUGGAUAUUGAUGAAUAUUUACAUGUUUUGUGUGUCAUGGACCUGAGGUUGCAGCUUAUACUUCAGUGGUCGACCGGAAUCCUUGUACUUAUCCUGUGUUUUCUCGAGAAGAAGAAAUUUUCAACUGACAUUAGCUCGAAGUUGGGAAGCAGUUUCUCAGUGGUUCCUUUUGUAAUUGUAGUGGGGAUAAGCACGUAUGAUUACAUAAUAGCUCUGAGGGAGCAAGAGCAACUAGAUGGCGGUGGCCAGCAAAGCCCCCAAAUGUCUACUGUUAGCUCAAUUACGGGAUUAAGCAGUGCAAGCUCCUUCAACACUUUCCAUCGAGCAGCAUUGUGUACACCACGACUCUUUGUUGAAGAUCAGUUUGACGUGGUACCUCCGGACAACAAGUCCGUUAGCUCACUCGGGAAAAAGACAAUACCAGACGACCAAGCCAAGAAGAAGAAUCCCGGGCCAGUAAAAAUCAGCCCGUGGGCAUUAGCGCGCUUAAAUGCUGAAGACGUUUCAAAGGCCGCUGCCGAGGCCCGAAAGAAGUCCAAGAUCCUCCGGCCCAUAACAAGGCCCAAUUCAACCUUUAUGCACGAAACAGACAGCAGCUUCGGCAGCAGCAGCCGCAGGACAGGCCCAAGGCCCGAUAGCAGCCGUAAACGAGGGAGCAGGCGAAUCCGCCUCCCAGCAGACGUGGCAAGACUUCGGGGCCCGGCCCAGCCCGAUAAUCACUUGGCCCCAUUACACCUGGAAGCCCCAUGUGAUUAUCGGGCUGGGCCCCGUGUUAUUCCAGGCCCAAUUGGCGGCAUCAUUGCUUCUUCUUCGCCAGAGAGUAGCUUGGAUUCUCCUGACAUUCAACCGUGUCGGGCUUCCUCUUUGGGCCCGGAAGAGGGGAUGAGGCUUGCUGGGCUUCCUGGUGUGACUAAUCAUCAGCUGGAUAUUCCUUUUUCGAGGUCGACUAGCGAUGGAUAUGAUGCGUCUGGCGGUGAGGACAGUGACCGAGUGCCUAGGAGAAUUACGUACAAGUCGAGUAAUUGGAGUAAGGCCCUGUUUGGCUCUGAAACUGAGAGAAAUGUGUCGAAAUUUGUGGCACCAUCUUCUUCUUCGUCUAUGUUGUCGAAAUUCUAGGAAGGUUUGAAUGUACUGGAAAAGUUGGGAUCUUUUGAGAUUUUUUUUAUCUGUUUGGUGGCUACUACCCUUGGGGCAUUGCUAGAUCUAAUCUGCUGAUUUUUUGGAAAUUUGGUGCAAUUUUUGGUUCCAGUUCAUCGUCAAGGGUGGUGAAAAGUGCUGAAAAGUUGUAAUUUUUGUGUCCCUAGCGAAACUUUUGUGCCGGAUAGAGGAGAAAGUACUACUGUUUUUAGAAGGAAUUUGGAAUCGGAGUUCUGAAGCAUUGUAUUGUGACAAUUUACUUUUUUUCUGUAAAUUUAUGUCCAUUCAUGCAAAACCCUGGCAUAAGAGAUUUCUUGUUCUUUGUUUGUCACCAACUCUUG